AUGACAACGGCUGGGACAGCGAUGGAAGGAGAAAUGGUGCUGCUGGUGAUGCUGCCCGAGGACAACCGCGUGAUGCUAGUGCAGACUUCACGCGCGCAGACAAUUGAGGACUUGGAGGUCUUUAUCGCGGACGAGUACGCGCGGCUGUUUCCACAAUUGCCUUUGCUCUGCCGCGGCCUGCGCAUUCAGAAGUGCGUGUCACCUGAUCUAGUGCUGGAUCGUCGUUCACAUUCUUCAGUGCGGCAAGAAGCGGCCCAUAGUUUUGUGGACCUGGCCAAGAACGUGCAGGCUGGCAACGUCUUCCAGAACAUGGAGCAGAUUUACAUCGUGCCCAGCAUGAAACCGAAAUUGAAAAAGCUGGUCAUGGCCAAGCAGACUGCAAUUGUAGCUCAUGAGGGGCAGGAGAGAUUGGGGGCUAAGAGUGCACAGAAACAGCAGCAGGUUCUGGAGAAGAUGGCGGAUGCUGUGGACAGGAAGCCUGCUGAAACUGGAACCCAGAGCAGCGAAAGUACAGUCAAUAAGGUGCCGGACGGCAACAAAAAGGUUGUGGAGAAGGAGCGGCAAGUUGCAAGCGAGACUCCUGUCGUGAACAAAGCACGGGUCAAGGAGAAAAACGCUUCUAGUGGCAUUGUGAAAUGUGCUACAAAAGAGACUCAAUACGCGAAAGAACUUGUUGCCAAGAAAAGCAAUGGUACAAAGAAGGUUGCGGUGGAGCAGAGUAGCGAGAAGGCUGAUUUGAAAGACGAGUCGACCAAGACUGGCACGGAGCAGAAGAGUGUGUCAAAGAAGACUGAUAAGAAGAAGACAGAUGACGUGAAGGAGAAGAAGAAGUCAAAGUCGAAAAAAAUCGUUGCUGAGACGAACGAAGGCAUUGUGAAGAAGGCUGCAAAAAAGGCCGCUCCGAAAAAAAGCGAGAAUGCGCUUUUGAAAAAGAUGCUUGCAGCAAGGCAAUCUGCAUCAGAUUCAGGUGCCUCUUUGAUCAUAGAUUCUCUUCCAACUUCUGAUGGCGACGUCCAAGAAGCGCCAUCAAAAAGCGAGCGCGCGCGAAAAGCCAGCGAAAUCGACCUCUCGUCAGCGGAAGUAAAUCAUGAGCCUCUUGAAGAACCUCCCCUGAAGAAGAAGAAGUCAGUGAAGGUGGCUGAAACGUCGAAGCCAGCACCAAAGGUGAUCAACGAUGAGGCGGUCACGGUUGAGAAGUCGACGAGUAAGAAAGUGACGGCUGCGAAAGACAAGAAGCGAGCCGUGCUAAAGAAUAAUGCAGUGGCCACCGACGAGCAACAAUCGGAAGUGAAUGAUGACUCAUCAACAGCUAGCGAGACCACGCAAAUCGGUCGAAAAUCGAAGAAGAAAGCUGGCGCGAAGUCUGAUGACGUGGGGAAGCCAGUGGCGAAGCGUGCUAAGAAAGGUGAGUCGCUGAAGGCAUCUGUCGUGAAGAAGACAACGGAAAAAGCGAAGCCAGUGGUGAAGGUUGCAACGCCUGAAACCGAGUUGAGUGCUGAUUCUCACUCUCCUGGUAACGAGGUCGUUUCUGGUGAAGAGACUGAAGUGGUAGAGACUCCUGUCUCCAAGAGGAAAGCUAACGGGAAGCUGAAGGAGACUGGCGAAUCGAAGGGUUUCAAGAAAGUUUUGGCGGAGACAUCGAAGCGGAUCGCCGCUGAAAGGAAUGCUCGAGAUACUUGGUCUGACAACAGUGCGAAGCCCGUGCAAGGUUUAAAGCGAUCUGUGAAGUCUGCGGAGAGUACAGCCAGCGAAUCAUCCGUGGACUCUGACCAUUCUCCUGUCGUCGGAGAUCGAGUUGAGCAUUCUCCGAAGAAGGCUACCUUGGUGGAGAGCGACUCGUCUUCAUCGUCCGACGAUGAGGAGUUGAACUACUCGCAGAACCUGCUGGCUGAUUUGACCAAAGAUGAUGAAGAAGAUGUGUCUAUUGUUUCCGAGAAGGGUAAGAAAUCGAGGCAGGUUGACAAAAUUCGUGACAAAUCUCCUGUAUACCGCUCUCAAGACGCUGAGCAAUCGCAAGACAUGCCUUCGUCGGAACUUACCCAAAAACCGCAAGAGUCGAACAGCGUGCUGUCGCGGUCGCUUUCGCGGAAUCGGUUCUCACUCGGUAGCAUGCCUGUGGCGAAGCUGAAGAAGUCGUCCAAGAACCCGUUCAAAAUAGUGAAGGCUGAGACCAGCAGUGCUACUGGUCGCCCUCGCGGUCGCCCUCGUAAGGUGGAGCUGGAAUAA